AGGAAAAGAAGAAGAACUAAAAGUAGUGUUUAUGUUUAUGGGUUACAAGAAGAUCAAAUUUCCGAGAAGAUUAUGAGCAUCUCAAGUUAUCUAGCUGGAGAUUGAACGAUACUAAACCUUCAUUGGGUUUAUUCGCUCAAAAUGGCGGAAGUUGGUGUCUCUAUUGUGUCUGAAAUAGUGAAAAAGCUAGUGGAUGCAGCAGUAAGUCAAGCUCGUUAUUUAUUUUGCUCCAGUACGUACGUUAAAGAGCUUGAAAGGGAAAAAGAGAACCUGCAAUCAAAAAUUGAAAGUGUUACCGAUCUUGCUAAAGAAUCAGCCAAGAAAACUGAGAAGAUUGUCCGUGAUGUUGAUAAGUGGUUGUACAAGGCAGACUAUUUGAUAGCAAGAGUCGUGGAGUUGGAAGAAAAUGCAAUGAAAAGAAAUAAGACACCUUGUCUUUUGCAUUGUGGUAACUUUAUUAGGCAUUAUAAUUUUGCCAGGCAGCUCGAAGAGAAAAGCAAAGAGAUUAGGAGGCACAGUGAAGUUCAAUUCGCGCAGUUCUCUCGACUCGCUACCCUCAUAGGCAUGAACUAUUUUGCUUCACAAGGUUUCCUCCACUUCGACAGUAGACAGAGGGCAUACAAUGAACUUUUGGAGGCACUAAAAGAUGAUCAAGUUCGCAUGAUUGGAUUGCAUGGUAUGGGGGGAUGUGGGAAAACGAUGUUGGUGAAGCAAGUGGGCCAAGAAGCCGAGCAAUUUUUUGACAAAGUUGUCUUUGUUGUUGUCUCUAAUGUCAUUGAUGUUAAGAAAAUUCAAGGGCAGAUUGCAGGCCAACUAAGUUUGGAAUUAAAAGAGGAAGAGGAGUCAGAGAGGGCUAGACGAGUGUUCAUGAGAUUGAGAAGUGGAAAGAGAUUUUUGAUAAUUUUGGAUGAUGUAUGGGAAAUGCUUGAUUUCAAAUCCAUAGGGAUUCUUGAUGUUGAAAAUCAAUCUGGGUGCACUGUUCUUAUAACAACACGAAAAUUUGAUGUAUGCAGAUUGAUGAAUUGCAAACAAACUAUUUCCUUAAAGGGUUUAGAUGAGAAUGAAGCAUGGACUCUCUUUCAAAAACAUGCUGGGAGCUUUGAGGACAACUCUAGUACAUUGAAGGGUUUGGGAAAAGAAAUUACAAAACAAUGCGAUGGUUUACCUAUUGCAAUUGUUGCUUUGGCGAACGCUUUGAAGGGAAAAACUCAAAUUGAGUGGGUUGAAGCAUUGGAAACAUUGAGAGAUUCGAGUUGGGUGGAAAUUGAAGACAAUCUAAGAAACAUUUAUGCGUGCCUUCGGUUAAGCUAUGAUAAUUUGAAGGAUGAAGUGGCCAAAUCACUCUUCUUGUUUUGUGCUGUAUUUCCACAAGAUUAUGAAAUUAUAGUUGAUCAAUUAGUCCUAUAUGGAAUUGGGCUAGGUCUAGUUGAAUCUCACUCAUAUGAAAGGGCCAGAAACCAAUUGAUUAAAGCAAAAACAAAGCUUAUAGAUUGUUGUUUGUUGCUUCAAGUUAGUGGAAAGCCUUCUAUUAAAAUGCAUGACUUGGUGCGUGAUGUAGCCUUGUGGAUGGUAAAGAAACAGAUUAAGUUGGUCCCGGGACGUAAAUGGAGUCCAAAUGCAUUUCAAGAGGAUAUGAUUACAAGGGAUAUGCUGAGAUACUUAUGGGUCAAUAAAAUGGAUAAACUUUCACAUAAGCUAGAGUGUCCUGAACUUGAGUUUCUUCUCAUCUCUGUGAAGUCUCAGACCCCUAUAGUUGUAGCCAAUGAUUUUUUUGAAGGUAUGAAGAAGCUUAAAGUUUUAGUUCUUGAAAAUGAAAAUAAUUUUGAAAAACAAUCAGUUCUACAAUGGUCAAAGUUACUCUCUGUGGUAAGCAAUCUACGAUGCUUGUACCUAAAUCAAUGGCUAUUAGCUGACAUCUCUUUUUUACGAAGUCUAGAAAGACUAGAGUCUCUCAAGUUAUGCUGUUGUUAUUUCUUUGAAUUAUCCAAAUGCAUUAUAGAACAGAAGAACUUGAGAUUAUUGGAUAUAGAGAGAUGCCAUAUUCUAAUGAAUCCUUAUAAAGUCAUUGGAAGAUGUGGGCAAUUGAAAGAAUUGUACUUCUGUGAAAAUUAUGGAAAAGAUUGGGAGGACCAGGCGAAAAAAUGUGCAAAAUUCUUUGAUGAAAUUAAUAUUGCACCAGCAUUGGAGAGUUACUGUAUAGAUUUGGGGGAAAAUUCUGGGGAUUUUUAUCGGCAAAAACUUCCUAUUACAAGAAGUUUAUACGUUGAAGAAUUUGAGACUUGCAUCUCAAAUGCGACAAUUAAGGAUCUCAUGCAAAGAGCAGAAGUUCUUUCUUUAGGGGGAAUUCAUGAAAGCUGUAAGAAUAUAAUCCCUGAUGUAUUUAAAACAAUAGGAGGAGGUAUGCAUUCUUUGACUCAACUUUCACUUUGUUUUUGUGACAAAAUAGAAUGUGUGAUAGACAUUGGAAAUCAUUUGGGUCAACUUGGAAUUAUCUCUAGAUUGACUCACCUAACUAUCAAAGAGAUGAAUUGUUUGAAAACUUUAUGUCAUGGUCAACCUCCUUCGGGCCUUUUUGCAAACUUGGAGGUCCUGGAUAUAUGUGGUUGUCAUUCACUUCAGAAUAUAGUAGCUGAUGAAGGGACUGAAAUAGUUGUAGCAGAUAGUGAAUAUCAAAUGACAUUCCCAAAAUUAAAGACACUAAUCAUCUAUCAGUGCACUCGGCUAGAAUACUUAAUGCCUAACACUUUUGCUCAAAGCCUUACACACUUGGAGGUUUUGGAUAUAAGGAGAGCUAAUAAAUUGACAAGUGUGUUUGUCCAAUCCAUUCACAAAGAACCAAGUCCAGAAAAUUUUCAACUGAUAGAGUUUUGUGCUUUAAGCUACCUAUCUCUCAACAACUUGCCAAAUAUCAUUAGCAUUUGUCAAGGAAAUUAUCAUCCAACCUGGCCAUCUUUGAAAAGCUUAAACUUGGGAGGAUGUCCACAGUUAGACCUCAGGUCCAUCAAUUACUGGCUUGUUAUCUCUGGGCUGAGACAAAAGGAUUAUGAAACAUCAGAGGAACUAUAUAAGGCAAUGGUGACUCCGCUGGAAACUUUGCAAUCACUUAUUGUGCAAAACACUAAAAUAGAAGUUAUUUUUGAUGGCGAAGGGCUUUCUAAUAUUGAACAACGAGUGACCUCAAGUUUGCACUACCUUCGAUUGCAUGAGCUACCAAAGUUGAGCCAUAUAUGGAAGGGUCCCAAAGACUUUUUACUCCUUCAAAAUCUUGGCAAGUUAAUAAUACAAGAAUGUAGAAAUUUGAAAGUUAUCUUUCCUACAUCUGUCUCAAGAUGCUUGCAACAAUUGAGGGAACUCGACAUCAGGAAGUGUGAAGAAUUGGAGGAAAUAAUUGAAGAUGAAAGUCUAAGUCCAUCAAAUCCUCAUCCACUUGUCUUCCCAAAUCUAAGUGCAAUCUUCAUCAGACAUUGCCAUAAGUUGAAACAUGUAAUUCCUAUCUCUACAAGCCAUGUGCUUCCCAAAAUAAGGAUCUUAUUCAUACAUGGAGCAUCAGAAGUAGAGAAAAUAUUUAGAGAUGAGGAAGGAGAGACAAGAGAGAUCAGAAAGGAGAAUCUAAUUCCAAAUUUGGAAUAUGUAAUAUUGUGGCAACUGCCUAAACUCAACACAGGAGGUCAAUGGAUUGACUUGCGAACUGUGAGGUACCUUUUAGUGCAACAAUGCCCGAGACUCAAUAUCACUUCCACUAUUACUCCUCGGCAGUUGCAACAAAUAUUAGAUAAUGAGAAAGCAGCUUAUUGGGAUGACCGUUGGGAGUUAAAGUUUGUGUUGGAAGAUAUUAUUGAAUCCAAUGAAAAAUGUAGCAGACAAAUGGAAUCUCUUUCUUCUUCACAUGCUCAGAACAAUAAGCAGAACUUGACACCUAUUGCCUCACCAAAAUCAGCAAAGAAUGUUGAAGAGUCAAGAGAUGAAAAGUCCCUGGAGCUGAACAUAGCAGAGGAAAUGAAUGUUCAAGGAAGCAUUGAAUCAGAGAAUGUUAAGAUAGUUGCUUCAUCAGCUCAUUCAGAAGCAACUAGCUCACUCAUUGGCUCCUCUACUCUAUCUAUAGCACUUCAGCAUAAUAAGAAAGAGUCAAAAGUUCAAACUACUCGAGAGCAAAACAUAUCAAAGGAAAAGAGUGUUCAAGGAAGAGUUGAAGAGGGUACUACAUCGAGGAAUGUUCAAAUAUUCACUACAGUAGCUCAUUUAGAACCAGCAAGCUUAGCCAAGAUUCAAAGUGAAAUCAAGUUCAACCCAAGGGAGUUGGAUAUUGAUAAAGAUGGCAAGUUGAUCCCUCUAAAAAAUCUUCAAGACUACAAAGAUGAUGAUCUCAUUAGUUUUCUUCAAUCUAUGGAGGAUCAUUAUGGUAGGGAAUCACCAUUCUCAGCCAUUCGUACAGUUGCUGCAGAUAAAGAUGAGCUUGUUGCAAAGGCACUUGUUGACUUGAAAGACUACUUGAAGAUGCCUCUUAGGGACAUAGCAGCCUCAGAAGCCAAUAGUCUUCGCCUGCAAACUGCUCUCAAUUUUUUGUCUCGUCUUUCUUUGGAAGAUAUAGCUCUUUCCCAUGGUGUGAAGGCUUUAAUAAAGUCUAUGCACAAAGAUUUUCCUAGUAUCAUAUCUUGUUUCAAGCAAGCAUUUGCUACUGCCAAUGAAUUUGUAGUGCUCGAAGAAAGAGAUAAAAGAAUCAAAGAAGAACUAACUCAAAGGAAAGAGGCUGCCAUUGCUCUUGUUUCUAGAAUAUCUAAGACCCAGAAGUCAAUGGUUGAAGCUCGAGCAAAGAAAGCUAGGUUGAAGGAACAUAUCACUUGGUUGGAUAAAGAAAUAACAGAUUAUGAGGUUGAGCUGUCGCGUCUACAAGAGCAGAAAAGGAAAUGUAUUGCAGAAAAUAUAGAAUUUAUGAAAGAGAUUGAGGUCAUGAGAAAGGAAAGUUUGGAGAUGGUGGAAGAUCAAACAAAUGCUCGACAAGAGUGUUUCAGAUUGAUCAUAAAUGGUCAGUCAUGUGUAGCCAGUUUGAGCUAG